UGCAGACAUAGACUUGCUACCUCUUGAUCACAGCAAGCUAUACCUCAAUUGCUUUACCAGUGUUGGCUGCAAUGUCUGUUCAACUGGUUUCCAAUGCCUGGCUGGAUGGCGAGACUGCUAAGAUUCGAUCUAAGCCGGUGCCAUGGGAGGGUUAUCAGCGAGCAGGCCUAGUCACUCCAGAAGAGCUGGUUCUCAUCAAGAAAGUCGAUAGACAACCUCGUGCCAAAGCAGAAAGCAUCUUACUCUCCGAUGGGCCGACCUAUGCCUCCCUGUACCUUGGCCUACUGAAGAAGCUCCAGCGACCUGAUACAAUGCAGUGUAUCUUGAUUCUUAUUGGUGAUGCACUGGCUGAUCAUGACGAACGUAUACCCCUGUUCACGAGAGCCGGGGAGACCGAUACUGAAUUACCUUACGGGCCCCUCCUGAGGAUAUUGAAUACUCCGGACGAUUUCGUGCAAUUGAAGACAGCACAGAUCCUUGCCGUGCUGCUUAGCGCGGAGGCUAAGCCUCUCCCUUCGCAUAUCCUGCACUCCUUCAUCACCACUCUUGUCUCUUUAAUUCAGUCUGGCAGUAACAACCACAAAGACGUGGCAGUCCAGUGUCUUGAAGCUCUCCUGCCCCGGCCAGAAGCUCGCAUCGCUGUGUGGAAUACCCCUUCCUGCAUUUCUAGUCUAGUCGGCAUCCUACGUGGCAAUCCUGGCCCUCAAAUGAGCUAUCAAGUGAUAUUUUGUUUCUGGCUGUUGACAUUUGAACAAGAUAUCGCGGAACAAAUUAAUAAGAAGUAUGAUAUUAUCCCUCUUCUGACUGAAGUUGCGCAGACAGCAGUGAAAGAGAAGGUUAUACGAGUGGUGGUAUCCACUUUCCGAAAUCUGAUCGCAAAAGCCCCCUCAGCUAACCUUCCGUCAAUGCUUGUCGCCCAGUUAUUACCAUUUAUGAAGAACCUCUCCACGCGCAAAUGGUCCGACGAAGAUAUCUUAGAGGAUGUCCAGUUCCUGCGAGAUGAACUGAAGUCUAGAUUCGACAGCUUAACGAACUACGAUGAAUAUACUUCGGAACUGGCGUCUGGUCACCUAUCAUGGACACCUGUCCAUGAAUCAGAGGUCUUCUGGAAAGAGAACGCGACUAAACUAAAUGAGAAAGACUAUGAGCAACUCAAGACGCUGGUACGACUAUUGAAGGAAUCAUCAGACGCACUGGUUCUGGCUGUCGCUGCCCACGACCUAGGCCAGUACGUCAAACACUACGAGCGGGGCAAGAAAGUUGUUACAGAUUUAGGUGCUAAGACAAGAGUGAUGGAACUCAUGACACAUCCGAACCCGGACGUGCGGUAUCAGGCGUUGAUAUCAGUACAACGGCUCGUGAGCCAGCCUUGGGUCAGUGUAUGACCUGACCAACCGUACCCAGCAGUAUUUCACGCGUUCAGCUCUGUAUGAGUCAUGCAUAGUAUAGUCUGAUACCUGUAGUUAAAAGAACUCAUUCAGCGUAUUUUAAGUCAGGUCUGUACCCAUAUUUCUGCAAUAUCUGACAAUAUCCGCAACUCGGAGACCGUCUUCACAUCCUUCGAAUCAUCGUGGUGUUGUCCUCGUUCUUCCCAUCGAUCAUUCUGUAACAAGAUACGAAUACCUCCUACUCUGGAGAAACCCUCGAGGAGCGGAAGAUACGAGAGAUCGAAAUCUUGUGACGUCUGUACUCUGAGUGAUUCGUCUGUGUUUGCUGCAUCAUUGCUCUGAUCCUCGACAACCACUUCAGGCAACCUCAGACGCAGUGUUGGCAAAAAGAUUGUAGACGGUCCAAGGAACACAAUCGCCCGGGACCCUGGACUUUUCCCAUCGGCGACAGGAUCCACGAUCGGAGGCGGCAAUAGUAGAUCA